CAACUAAUGGUUGCGUACCACGUCAUCGGCUGUGCAGUCGGGGACCAAAUUGCUAUAACAUUUGAUGUGGUUAGCCAGUGGGUAAAACCUAUCCAGGCGUCGUAAGACCUGGUAUGCGUCAGCAACGCCUGGGCAGAGGAACGCGCCCAAUCUGUUGUAGGCUAUUCGGCCUGUAUGCCAGCGGUCAGUGCUAUCCGUGUUCCUUGGGACGUCCCUACCCUAAAAACCAUAACCCUUACCCAUUUUACAUUUCAACUUCAAUGGUUUAUGGACGUCCCAAGGAGCCCGGAUUGCAUCGGGCUCAACAUGGGCCCGGAAGUUGUCAGGUAAUAUUUAUAUCCGGAGAUGCUGCCGUCGCCAGAGACAACAAACAGAUAUUCUGACAUUUAAAAACGUCAACAAUAGUCGUUCGUCAGUCAGCUGGUGAGAAAAUGAAUGCUGAUGACUGCAAUGGAUUUUCAUAUAUGUCAGGCAAUGAAGGAGAGUCAGCAAAGGAGCGAGGUGAUUUCUGUGGAGGUCUGAGGUUUCCAACAUUGACCACUCCAAACUGUAAACAGUCCUCUCCAAACAGAUCUCUUAGUGUGAGCUCCAUUAAGAUAGAACUCUACAGUGACAAUGAGUCUGCAGGUUCUCCACAGCCAGAGAGAAGAGAUGGAGAGAGGGAUGAUGGGUGGAGGGAUGAAAGAGGGGACAAGACAGAAGAGGGGAGUGAGGUAUGGGGAGGACCAGGAAAGGGUUACGGGGAGCUGGCCAGUCCUCAGCCUGCAUCUGCCGGUCCCAUCCGACUGCCCAAUUGUAAGCUCCAAUGUGACGUGUGUGGAAUGGUCUGCAUCGGGCCCAAUGUACUAACAGUGCACAAACGCAGCCACACAGGUGAGCGUCCAUUCAUGUGUAACCAGUGUGGAGCCUCCUUCACCCAGAAGGGGAACCUGCUGCGCCACACAAAGCUGCACUCUGGAGAGAAACCCUUUAAAUGUCCCUUCUGUAACUACGCCUGUCGCCGCCGGGACGCACUCUCUGGACACAUCCGCACACACACUGUGCCCUCUCUGACAGUGGGUAAACUUUACAAAUGCAGUUACUGUGGUCGUAGCUACAAGCAGCAGAGUACCCUGGAGGAACACCUUGAACGCUGCCAGAACUACCUAAAGAGUCUACAGAACCAUCAGCCAGCACUCAGCACUAACCCCACUACACAGGGGGAGGAGUCCCCAGGCAUGGAGCUGAUCCCUGAGCCAGAACCUGUCCUCCAGCCGUCCACUGAGAAACAGUCCUUCAUACACAGGCUGGUCAACAGCGUCACCAAACGCAAGAGGUCCACACCACAGAAGUUUCUGGGAGAAAAGCACAUGAGGCUCAACAACCGUGAUCUACCUUCUGAACUAUCCCCUGGCCCUGAAGAGGAUAAGAAUGGGGACCUGCACUCUGACCUUGAUGGAGAAGCUGGUGCUACAGGGUUAGCAAGGAUUGGGGGCAGGUUCCUCCGCAGGUGUGAAGGUGGUGAGGACCCUGGGUCGAAGCCCCCUCAGCUGGCCCUGCCCUACCCUGCCUGCCUGUCCGACUCCAGCCCAGUCAUCAGCUCUGUUUACAGCCACCGGACUCCUCUGGGUCCCCAGGUCAAUGGUGGAGCUGGAGAUGUGUCUGUGGAGCUUGCUGGACGGGAAGCAGGUGAGGGACACAAGAACGUACCCUCAGGUCACAGCAACAUCCACAGCCUCACUGUCAGCAACGGCCCCAGCAACGGCCCCAGCAACGGCCCCAGCAACGGCUGCCACGAUUUCAAAGACAAGUCCGACACAGAGAGCACAGCAGAGGAGCAGCAGAGCACCAGGGUUACAGCUCCAACCAGCAACUCCAACAACCCCCACCUCCUCCCUCAUCUACAUUACCCAACACCAGGCCUGCUCCGCAGCCGCACCCAUCUCCGUCCCAACCCCAGCCAUGCCAACGACCCAGGCAUAGAAAGGGAGAGAGGGGACAGGGCCUGCCCCGUGCCCAUCAUCACCACCAUCCCAACUAGCGUGAAGGGAUCGGGGACCCCCGGUUUAGGGUCACCCUCCAUCUCCAGGGAGGCUUCUAUACAGGUGGUGGACGGGGAGGGGCGAGCGGUGCGGUCAUUCCGCUGUGAGCACUGUCGCAUGUUCUUCCUGGACCACGUGAUGUUCACCAUCCACAUGGGCUGCCACGGCUUCCGCCAGCCCUUCCAGUGCAACGUCUGUGGGCACCACAGCCAGGGCCGUUACCAGUUCACCUCGCACAUCAUCCGCGGGGAGCACCAGGUGGGCUGAGGAGUUAAAGAGGAGAUUCGGUCCCAACUUGGCCCUUCCCCUUGAAUGUUUACACAAAUCUGAAGGGUCUGGAUAGGGAUAAUCAGUGUACUGGGGGAGCUUUCACUGUAUUGCUUCCACCUUACAGAUCUAUUCACAUCAUUAAGGCCAAGGGUAGAGGUGGGAGUGAAUUGGGACU